AUGGUGUGUAAUCCGGACAUCGACUGCACUCUCCCGGAGAAUAGAUGGCGUUACAUUGAGAAAUUCACGUGUCUCGGAGAAAACAAGAAACUGCUCAAAGAAAUGAGGCUCUCCUUCCCGAGUGGACACUCAUCUUUCUCGGCCUACACCAUGAUUUAUUUUGCUUUAUAUCUUCAAAAACGCUUCGUAUGGCGCGGGUCAAAACUCCUACGCCACUUCAUCCAAUUCGUGCUGAUUAUGAUGGCCUGGUACACAGUAAUGACCCGGGUGUCAGAUUACAAACACCAUUGGAGUGAUGUACUGGCUGGUUUCAGUAUUGGACUCCUUGCUGCUAUUGUUGUGUACGCAUUUAUCUCAGACUUACGCAAAACGUCGCGCCGUCAAAACGGUUGCCAUGACAACGAGUUGACAACCAACGGCACCACUCGCACAGCCCCCAGUUGGCAGGUUUGA